GGUUCACUCGCUAGUAGCUACACGAUGGCGGAGGGAGGCGGACCCGAGUCGGGUACCGCUUCGGACCCUGACGAGAAGCCGGUGAUCACACAGACACCAGUACCGUCCACCGAGAGUCAAAAGCAGAGCAUCGGUACACUGCUGAAAACGCCACUUCGAAAGGGAGACGAAUGGUAUUUGAUUGACAGCCGGUGGUUCAAACAGUGGAAAAAAUAUGUGGGCUUUGACAGCUGGGAUUUGUACAAUGUUGGAGAGCACAAUCUGUACCCGGGACCCAUUGACAACUCUGGACUCUUUUCAGAUCACGAGUCCCAGACGUUGAAAGAGCAUCUCAUAGAUGAGUUAGACUAUGUUUUAGUGCCUACAGAGGCCUGGAAUAAGCUGGUCAGCUGGUAUGGCUGUCUGGAGGGUCAGAAACCCAUCAUCAGAAAGGUUGUUGAACAUGGAAUGUUUGUGAAGCACUGUAAAGUGGAAGUGUAUUUGCUUGAGCUGAACUUAUGCGAAAAUGACAACAUGGAAAAAGUUGUCACCCGCCAUUUCAGCAAAGCAGACACUAUAGAUACUAUUGAGAAGGAAAUGAGGACUUUAUUUGACAUCCCAUCUGAAAAGGAAACCCGUCUUUGGAAUAAAUAUAUGAGUAACACUUAUGAACAACUUAACAAGCUUGACAGCACUGUACAGGACGCAGGGCUUUUUCAGGGGCAGGUGCUUGUUAUAGAGAAGAAGAAUGAGGAUGGCACAUGGCCCAGACAGACCUGCCAUUCCAAGUCCAGUACUUCCACCUCUCGGAAUUAUACAACCUCCCCAAAACUCUCUUCGAACUCAUCUGCUACCAUAUCCUCCACAAUAACAAAUGGGGAUAGCAAUAGCAACUCUGGCUACAUGCUGAACAACAGUACUUCUGGUAACAGAUUGGGAAGUUAUAACUCCUACAGCUCCUCUUACAGUUACAGAGAAUCUGCCGCUCAACCAGGUCUCUGCGGUCUGAGCAACCUGGGCAACACCUGCUUCAUGAACUCUGCCCUCCAGUGCCUGAGCAAUACUCCCCCUCUGACGGAAUAUUUCCUGGAGGACCGGUAUGAAGCUGAGAUCAACCGGGAAAAUCCAUUAGGGAUGCGAGGGGAGAUUGCAGAGGCCUACGCAGAUCUGGUCAAACAGACGUGGCUUAGUCGGAGCAGUUACGUGGCUCCACGCACUUUUAAAACCCAGGUGGGUCGGUUUGCCCCGCAGUUCUCAGGGUACCAGCAACAAGACUCUCAGGAGCUGCUGGCCUUUCUGCUAGACGGCCUACAUGAGGACCUUAACCGUGUUAAGAAGAAGCCUUACCUGGCCCUGAGAGAUGCUGAGGGACGGCCUGAUGAGAUUGUAGCUAAGGAAGCAUGGGCGAAUCACCGGUUGCGGAAUGAUUCCAUUAUCGUGGACAUCUUCCAUGGCUUGUUCAAAUCUACACUGGUCUGCCCAGAAUGCUCCAAAGUUUCCGUUACCUUUGACCCCUUCUGCUACCUCACGCUGCCCCUGCCCAUGAAAAAGGAUCGCACUAUGGAGGUGUUCCUGGUCCGCACUGACCCGCAGUUCAGACCCAUGCAAUACCGUGUAGUGGUUCCCAAAAUGGGUGUUGUAGCAGACCUGUGCAGUGCUUUGGCCAAGCUAUCUGGACUUCCUUCAGAGAAUAUGGUUGUGGCAGAUGUUUACAAUCACAGAUUCCACAAAAUCUACAAACGGGAUGACGGUCUCAAUCAAAUAAUGGAGAAGGAUGACAUUUUUGUUUAUGAGGUGUUAGAGGAAGAUAGUGAGAGGAUGAACCUGCCAGUGUACUUCAGAGAGAGGCAUGCUAAGCACAGUGGAGGCUCUUCAGGCACAAUGCUCUUUGGCCAGCCUCUCCUCAUAACCGUCCUGCGCCACAACCUCACCGUGGAUACCCUCUAUGAGCGCGUGCUGGAGAGGAUCGGGCGUUACGUUAAACGUUCACAGGGAACCAUUACAGACAGCAGAGCAUCUGCCUCAGCCACAUCGUCUAGCAGCAGCCAAUCACCAGAAUGCCUCGCUUCAGUGUCCACUCACAGCACAGGGCUGAGUAGCUGCAGCAGCCCAGUUUCAGAUGGAGCUUCCUGCAGCGCUGGAUCCAAUGGCAGCAACCACUCCAGCAACGGCCCCAAUGGAGUCUGUGAUGGUGAUGAGGAAGCCAUGGACCACCAGGAGAGUCCAGAACCAGAAAACAGCCACUCAGACACUGUGGAUGGAGAGGAGGAUUCUGAACCAGAGAAUGGGCCCAAUAGCAGCGGUGGAAAAUCAUUUACUUCUCGGCCAAAACUCUUUUCUUUCAGCAUGGUCAAUUCCUACGGCACAGCCAACAUCAGUUCUCUCCCGUUUGAUGGAAAUCUCCUAAAGCUCACAACUCACUCAACAGUAGCCAUUGAUUGGGACUCAGACACGAAGAAGCUAUGCUACGAUGACCAGGAAGCUGAGGCCUAUGAUAAACAUGAGAGUAUGCUACAUGCUCAGAAGAAGAAGACCACAGUAGCUUUACGAGAAUGCAUCGAGCUCUUUACUACAAUGGAGACCCUAGGAGAACAUGACCCCUGGUACUGCCCCACAUGUAAGAAACACCAGCAGGCCACAAAGAAGUUUGACCUGUGGUCUCUCCCACGCAUUCUGGUUGUCCAUCUGAAGCGUUUCUCUUACAACCGCUGCUGGAGAGACAAGCUUGACACGGUCGUGGACUUUCCAAUUAGGGACUUGAACAUGUCAGAGUUUGUUUGCGACCCCAAAGCUGACCCAUAUGUCUAUGACCUCAUUGCUGUUUCCAACCAUUAUGGAGGAAUGGGUGGAGGCCACUACACGGCAUACGGCAAGAACAAGAUGGAUGGAAAAUGGUAUUACUUUGACGACAGCAGUGUGUCUGCUGCUACUGAGGAUCAGAUUGUGACUAAAGCAGCCUACGUGCUUUUUUACCAACGUAGAGACGCAGACACACCUUCCAAAUCCACCCCCUCCGCAUCACUAGGCGGAGCUUCAGAGACCCCGGACGACCACAUGGACACCAACUGAUUUUCUUUUAGUCUUUCAAGGACUGGCACUGAAACAAAAACUACAUAAAGAUGAAAUCAACAAUGCAUCGACGCACAUCCCUGGCUACUUCAGUGACUAUUAAAGGCUCACAAACAGGCCCUCUGUUUUUAGCUUUAUUUUAUUUUAUUUUAUUUCACACAUGCGUCUUUAUCAAGAGCCAAAAAAGAAUAUUAAUAAUAAAUAAAGAGAAUUUUAGUUUGAA